CUUGUGUUGUAAAAUUAAGCCGGAAAUGUUGGCGAGAUUGCUAAAGGCAACGACUGUUUCCUCCUCAAAAAAUAUUAAAAAUUUAUUUUUAAAAAUAUCUAUAUUUAUUUUUAAAGCAUUUUUCUGUCUGAAUUUAUUUAUUUUUCACUAAAAAUUAAUUUUUUUAAUUCAAAAAAUUAAUUUAAAAUUCCCAAAAAAUUAUUUUCCAGAAAAAUGUCUUCUUCAUAUUGCUCCAACCUUUCCCAAAAAAUAUUAAAAUUAAUUAGUUUAAUAUUCCUUUUUAUUGGAAUUUUAAUUGCUAGUUUUAUUUCUUGGCUUCGUUUUGAUGAAAUUUUUGAAUUAAAAUUGAGACAAAUUUUAAUAUUUUCUGACCCGUCAAUGGCCCCUCCAGAAUUAAUUGAUACAAAAUUAAUUUUUAGACAAACAUAUUUUGCCCUUUUUUGGAUUUUUUUGAUUUUUGGAAUAAUUCUUGUUUUGGCUGGGUUACUUGGAAUUUUGUCCAUUUGCACUAAAAAUAAGCCUUUUAAUGGGCUACUUUGUAUGUUGUUAAUAUUGCUUAUAUUUGUACAAGUAUCAGCUUUAUUUUUAAUUAUGAUAUUUAAAGAUAACAUUUAUACUCUUCUAUCUGGUUAUCUUUCAACUUCUUUAAAAUACAACUUGCAGGAUGCUGUUGUGAUACAGGAAAGGUUUUCUUGUUGUGGAGACGAUGAUAUUACAGCAACAUAUAAUUAUAGAUGUAUUGAAUUUGGACAACCUUCAUGUCACCAACUUUUGUUAAAAUAUUUUAAUUUAAUUUUCCUUUCAAUCGGAAUAUUUUUAACAAUAUUAAUCUUUAUUGAAUUGAUGGCUAUUAUUAUUUGUGUUAUACUUUUAUGUAAAAGAGGAGAACAACAAUAAUAUGAGAAGAAAGGGGGAAAUUUGAUAUUUUAUAAUAUUUUUUAAUCCGUUUUUGGCAAUAAUAUUAAAACGAGAAUGAAAAAUGGGG